CUGCAAAGGACGGAAGAUCUCAUCAGUGCAUUUGGAACAGAUGACCCAGACUGAAAUCUGUAAGCAGGUGGGUUUUAACAGCUGCAGCAUAACUGACCCGUCUGUAGUAUGAGUACUAAGAGAUUUUGACUAAAGGGGAGGUUCAAGUAUCAGAUAAAGAACGGCACACACAGCUGGAGCAAAUGUUUAGGGACAUUGCAACUAUUGUAGCUGACAAAUGUGUGAACCCUGAAACAAAGAGACCAUACACUGUUAUCCUUAUCGAGAGAGCAAUGAAGGACAUCCACUAUUCAGUCAACACCAACAAGAGUACAAAACAGCAGGCUUUGGAAGUGAUAAAGCAGUUAAAGGAGAAAAUGAAGAUAGAACGUGCUCACAUGAGACUUCGGUUCAUUCUUCCAGUGAAUGAAGGAAAAAAGCUGAAAGAAAAACUCAAGCCACUGAUCAAGGUUAUAGAAAGUGAGGACUACAAUCAACAAUUAGAAAUUGUGUGUCUAAUUGACCCAGGCUGCUUCAGAGAAAUUGAUGACCUAAUACAAAAGGAGACAAAAGGCAAAGGUUCUUUGGAAGUGCUCAAUCUGAAAGAUGUGGAAGAAGGAGAUGAGAAAUUUGAAUGACAUUCAUCAGUCUCUUCUGCUUUGAAACACUAAAACGUUUUCAUUUCCCACUGUCCUGUUUUCUUUCUGUGGUCUGCCAAAUACUUGCUCAAAUUAGUUUGUUUUCUGCCUUUGUGUUAAACAAAAGACUGCUAAAUUAUAAUUGUGGUUAAUUUAGUUUUAUUUGUAAAUUGGGAUUUUAGGGGAAAAUGAAAAAUUAAAGACACAGAAGUCCAGAGAAGCAUUUUGCUGUCUCAUGCCAUUGUAGCUUUCCAAGGUGAAAGUUAUUUGAGCAGCUCUUGUGAAUAAAAAGUUAAGUUUUGUACAUUAUAAUAAGAGUAAUUUCGGAAGGAUAUGUCUGUAUAAUCAAAAGGGAGUAUUUGCUGAAAAAGAAAACAGUGCUUACUUCUACUUAAUGAAAUGCAUGUAUAGGGGUAACUAUAUCUUGGCCUAAUAUACAGCUUGGAUAAUGGCUUCAUAAUCAGCUGAAAAAUAUGACUGUGCAACACAAAUUUCAUUAAACAUGCUGCCAUAACAUAGAUUAUUCCUGGUUAAAAAAAGUCAUUUAUUUCUAAUUCUUAAAGUUUAUAAUAUAUGUUAAUAUAGUCAAAAUUAUGAAAUCAAUAAAGCCACUCUUUAUUGUUACUAAACUAUGGCUUGAGUUUCUGGACAGCUUCCUCACUCCCUUUUUUUCCCUUCUGCCUCUUAUCUGGUCAAGUUUUGUUAGCAGGAUUAAAUAAUCAGUAUGAGCAGUACUUAGAACAGCGCCUGUUCUGAUAAACACCUGCUGUAUCUUAGCUGAUAUUAUCGGAGAUUGCAUUUAUUUUAGUAUUAACACUUAAAUGAACAUUGUGCAAGUUUUUUUUUAAAUCUACUUGUUCUCAAAAGAGAUAUUCUAUAAUGUAAAUUUAUGUUUCACUCAAAAUAAACAUACAGAUGUGUUUUGUGGACAGAAA